UCGCAAGCUUCCGGAAAAACACGUGCAUGUCAAUUUUAUAAACAUAACAGAAAUUCAGUUGCAAUGGGAAAAACAAAGCAAAAGAAAAAGGAUUUUCAGAAAGUGAAACUUAAGGUUGGCAAGCAGUUAAAAAAGGCUGACAAUGUUACUACAGGUAGUUUCCAGACCAGAUCUAUUCAGGUGAUACAACGACUCAAGUCCAACGACUCUCAACCUAGCACGAAACGAAACCUAAACAUAAAGGAGCUGUUGACACAGUGCCAACACUACAGCAUAUCUGUCCGCCACGAUGCCCUGACGGGAAUGCGUGAACUCUUGACGACAUAUCCUGACCUUGUCAGGUCACACCUGGCGGUGGUUUUGGAGCGUGCCGCGUCGAUGUUCUCCGAUAAGGACGCUGCCGUGCGACAAGCUGACAUCAAACUUCUAAAAACAAUCUUACCACGUAUAUCUGAGCGUCAGAUUUCUUCUUUUUUCCCGAUAAUAAGUGCCCACUUGUGUUGCUCCAUGAGCCAUAUUUAUGAUGAUAUACAGGCAGACUCUUUGAAGAUACUUGAUCUUUUUCUUGAUAACUUCCCUCAGCUGGUCAUAGGGAGUUCCAACCAGCUGCUUCCUAAUUUCAUUGAGCAGAUUUCUUCUUCUAAAACUACGGGUGAUAAAAAGAGAACUCUCAAUGUCAAUCCAAACAGAAAAACAACAUCGCAAAAAUGGAGAAGCACGGUUUUAGAAAGACUGUACAGACUUUUAUCAGCUGUUAUGAAGUAUCAGUUUAUUGGCCAAACAUCUGCUGGUCAAGGUUCUGAUGACUCAGAAAAUGGGACGUCCACGUCCGGUACAUUCAAGUGGGAGAGGGACAGUGAUGCUGGUCAUCUACCAAUACCUCAAACAUUUCUAUCUAGGCUCGACUCAAGUGGCAUGCUCAUCAGAUCUAAUCGGAUAUCAAAAAAGAGAUCCACUGAGGAAGGGUAUGCUCUAACAGGGGAAGGAGGCAUGGAGAAGUUUGUGCAGGUGCUGGUCCCCCUUCUGUUGGAAUGCUGGGUGGAGGCAGAGGGCUCGCAUCACAUAUCUAGUAAAAAGGGUCACAGCAACCUUAUUUCCCAGGAAUCCCUGGGUAUCCGAGGUAGUGUCCUACAGGUGAUACAGUUGCUAUGGCAAUGUGUAGAUAAAAACAACCCAUCAUUGAUGGCUACACUACAAAAGAAAUACCUGGCAGACUUCAGGAGCCAAUUCAUGCAGCAUUUCCCCUACGCUGUCCACCAACCAGCUGAGAGGACGGACAAAGUGAGGAAACCAAAGCAACCCUCAGAAAUACAGCCAUCAGCUACAGGUUUGAAUCUGGCUCUGUGUGACAUUAUGUCACACUUCAUGUCACGACCAGCUAGCCAAUCACAGGACAGUACCAUGUCGUCGUGGGAGUCGAACAUCUUUGGUUACCUUGGUGAUGUCAUCCAAGAGGCGGGGCUUGGUUUACAGGACCAGCAUACACUGGUGGUCAUCAUCUAUCGACUCUUGUCUCGAUAUCAAAAUCAAAGUUGCCUUGACAACUUGCUACAACAGAUGCUGAAUAAGUACACAAACUGUCACCCUCUUGCCAACCAAAGGAAGGGACUGUUAAAUUUCUUUGCGGAUAUCUUCAUGGAUCAUUGCUAUGAGGACCUCAUCAAAUCUGACAUGGCCAUCACUUUUCUGAAAACGUUGCCCGAGGUGUUUUUCCAGUCUAGUUCUAAACACCAGAUGGCAGAACAAGUGCUAAUGGUGAUGAAAAAGGCCGUUAGCCAAUCUAACAUGGCAACAGUUGCUAUGGAAAUCAUACAGCACUUUGUGGAUCAAGUUUUAGAUCAGUCGUCGACAGUAUUUGACCAUCUCGACAGCAGCACACAGAAAAAAUUCAUGGAACUUAUAUAUUAUGUACCUCCACUCCAGGAGAGUUCUCUGUCCUCCAUUGUGAGGCUGUUCAGGAGUCCUCAAUUGCCAGUGGAUUUAUGUUUGUAUAUUAUACAAAUACUGCAACAUAGGUAUAUGAAGCAGAAUCUGACAGUCAAAGGAAGUAUUCAUCACAUUAGUACACUUCUCAGCAUCCUCAUCUCUCCAGAUGAUGACAAUGAAGAGGUAAUGAAUGAAAAGGAUACUAAAACCACGCUUGUUCAUUGCCAUGACAACCGACAACUUCACUGUCAUUUUGACGUGGAGAUUUGGGAAAGAGCUUUGACUCUAAUAAAGGCAGUAUGUUCAACAUUCCAGCAGUUUGAAAACACCCGGCAGGUCGCUGAAGUUUUGGAGUCAUUUCUGCUGUCUUAUCUGUGUGAAAAGCGCAAAUUUUCAAGCCAAAAUCUGAUGGCAGUUGUCAUUUUAGCCAAUCACAUGAACUCUUGGAAAGGUCCAUUUGGGAGGAAGCUUACGGAGCCUGUUUGUUGUUACAUCUGGUGCUUGUUCAAUACACUUGUAGCCAAUGGGGCACAAAUAUCUGACUUUAUCCAAAAUCUGAAAGCAGAGUGUGCAGAUUUUGUGGUUUCAGCGGAUUCUGGCGUUCAGUGUUUCCUGGAGAAUAUGUCUCGGGAUUGCAAAAGUGCUGGUGACGAGGGAGACAUCCAAAGAGUUUGUGAGGUAGCCUCUAUUCUACUGAUAAACAAGGGAGUUCUAACCCCCAUCCACCAACACAUUGAUUCUCUGAACACCAUUAUCAGCUCUGUACAGAACAAGUUUCCAUCGGUAUUAAAUAAGCAGUGGUGGUCAGAUUUUCUCUAUCUGGUAUCAACGGUCAGCUGAGGAACAUGGUCAAAAUGGGCAUUUCAUCAUCAGUCCCUGGUAGGCAGAGGUCAAAGUGGCCGUCUCAUGGACAGUCAUGGUUCAGCAAAUGGACGGGAUGAAGAGGCCAUCUCGUGGUCAAUCACUGGGCAGCAGCAGGACAGGUCAAAGGUCAUUCUUGAUAAGGCUCUGGUCAGCAAAAGGGACAUCUCAAAAUGAGUUACUGGUCAGCAGAGAGAUAUUUUCAGACUGGACACCCCCCACUCAAGUCGCUGGUCGGCAGAGCAAGAUUGGUCAAAGCAAGCGUCUCAUCAUCAGUAGCAAGUCAUCACUGAGAAGGGAACAAACCAGGGGCUUGUUCGUUUAUGCGGAACAACUGAUCUGUCUGUUUUUAAAUUAAACAUUUUCGAGUAUAAAUCAAGGCGGACCUGCAAAUGUUUAUGCAGGCUUUGCAAGGCAAGGCUCGCCUGAAAGCAGCAUCACAUUACUAGGUCAGACAUCAUUUCAUAAACGAACAACUCUGGUCUAACCAGUUCAACCUAUGGGAAACAGAACGAAUCUAAAUUGCCAUUUUCUUUUAUCUUGCAUAGCAGGUUAAAAUGUCUGUUGUCAUGGUCUGAUGACAAAGGUUUUCCGUGAUGACCGGUCCCUUGUGUCAUUGGUCAGUGAAUAUGCAUAGAUACUCAAUCCUGUACCGUACUAGCUUCCGAUAUCCUUACUUAUUAGUGAUUGGCCUGUGUAUGUGUCUUGUUUUGUAGCCAUUCCCGAGUUCUCUCGUCUCUUAGCAACAGUAGAGGGUUGACUUUGCUUCAGUCGCAUCUUAAUACUCCCAGUUAUGGGUAUGACAAACUGUCGGUUUAACAAACAUUUGUGGAUACUUUAACCCUAAAUGGUUGAACUUAAUUACAUGCAUGUAACUGUUGGUCUCACAAGAGAUUUGUAUUUUUGUUAAUGUGUUAAAAUGUUUACCGAGCUGUGUACGCUCCAAUUAAACAUUUGAUAUAAAUAACUAAUAUUUGAAGUGUAUUUGACUUCAUGGCCUUGAACAUUUUCUGACAGAUUUUUUCCUUUAAUUCAUCAUGUAUAUAUAAGAAUUGACAAUUCUGAUGGUGCAACACUUUUAUUUUCUAGAGAAUAAAACCACCUUAAUAUUGUAUGUUUUUGUUUUGGAUUUUACCUUGCUGAUGUUGUGACCCGAAGCUUUCCCCGAGCACUGUAUAUAGUUGGUAAUAUUUGUGGAGAAUUUAAUUUCUCUUUAUUUGCGGUCAUACAAAUAUUAGGGGAAAUUAAAUACCAAGCAAAGGUGAAUAUAAUAUAUAUAUAAAGACACAAAAGAAAACGCCUGUUUAUCUGUUAACUGUUGAAUAAUGAAGAUAAAACAAUAUCGUGUUUACUUUAUUAAAAAAAAAUCAUUCAAAUACAUGUAAAUCCCAUUAACUAAAUACCAAAGUACCCUCGUGAACGUGAUAUCUUUACCUUACCAUGUUGUGGGAAAUUUAACCCUCUUCAACUAGUUCUGGUCGUGACAAAGCGAAAUAGUAGCCCCAGGAAAUUAAACAAUUCUACAGACUAUCCCAGUCAAGCUUCUCUAUUUGUUUGGAUGUUUUGUUUGAAGUUUUGCAUCUUCGCAACAUACUUUGUAUGAGGAUUUCAAAUCAAUUCAUUGAAUCAAAUUAAAUCAUUGAUCCUAUGGAACCGAAUAUCAGAGACAACAUAAAACUCUGAAUAAAUGUCAUGCUAGGCACUGCAGUUUAUUAUCACAGCUGGCAUUAAUAGGUAUAUAGAAGAUUAUUAUGACUUUCAGCAGAUUUCGAUAAUUGGUGGUUUACAAGUUUCUGUCUGCAAUUUUAUCACAGGUCACAUUUUCCCUGACAGAAAAUCACUUGCUUUAACUGGGUUUGUGAGGAAGAAACAUUUUUACAACCAGUAAACUACAAUUACCACUCUUAAUUGAAGCAAGAUUCAUUAAUUUAUGUAUUAUAACAUGAUCAAUUUGAAAUUUUUCACAUGAAUAAUCCAUCUUUAAGUUAUAAGAAAAUUUGAAACAUGUAUAAAAAUACAAAGUUAACAAUGGUUUCAAUUAAUACAUAGAGCUUAAAAAUAAAAAAUAAAAAUGUCCAUACCUUGUCAUUUUAUCAGGGGGACAUACAGAAUUGCACAUGUCCGCCCGUCAUGCCAAUAAUGCCAAGGCACAUUUCUCCCCGCCUUAUCCUGAUUCAGUGUCAUCGCCAUAGCAACUUUAUUCAAAACAGAUUUCAAUCGAACUUCAUACGAAGAUCAAGUGCGAAAGAAGAAAUUUGUCAACUAACCUUAAAAGAGUUCAAAGUCAAAUUUUCAGUCAAGGCCAAGGUCACUGUAUCUAUUUAUAGAAAUUAAUUAGCCAAUUGAAAUGAGUUAAUAUUCCAAUUUUUAAAGUCAAGGCUAAGGUCACUUACUAUUUAUAGAAAUUUGUUACUGAUUUUGUGACAUCAUUCUUACAACUUAAUUUCUUAACAAAAUUGAUCAGACUUUAUGCGGAGGUCAAGCAUGAUAAUACCUCGUAUGAAUUUGUAUUUCAGGAUUUCAAGGUCACCCUUGCGACAUAUAUACUUACAGAAACUUGUCAAAAAUGACACUAAAUUUGCAUAGCAGCGAUGGGGAGCAUUCAUGUUUCACAUACAAUAAAUAUUGAGGGUUUCAUCAUUCAGCAAUUAUAUAAUAAUAUAAGCUAGAUUAAUAUUGGUAUUAUGUGAAAGCACUACGCUAUGAUUGUCAUUUCAUUUUCUCGUUCGUUAAUAAUAUUAAAUGAUAUAUUUCUGGUAAGGAUUUCAUAUCCUCUACACCAGAUUCAAUACAGAAGAAUUGUUAUGAAUAAAAAAAGUUAGACUUGCCUUUUCAGAAAUAAAAAUUUGGCCAAAUUUACACAAGGAAAAACACUGGUUUCUAUCACAGCUGGUUAAAUGUUGAUCAAAUGUUUUGGCCAAUUACACAGUCUUAAAAUUAAAGUACCGGGUAGAUGUAUAAAACAAGAGGCCCAAGGGCCUUAACGGUCACAUGAGUUCAAAAAAAGUCGAGAAUGUUUCGGCCAAUCAAAUGGCACUCCAUUGAGAAAAAUGCAUGAGGUUUGUAAUUAAUUUUCAAAUUAAUAUGAUGUAUUCCAUAUCAUUUUCUACCCAAUAAAUAAGUCUGCAUGACCAAAACUAUUCUGCAGCUGGGAUAUAAGAAUAGGUAAAAUGUCUUAAUUAUAAAGCUUUUAAAAAAAUUCUUUCAGACUUUAAACAACAAAUCUAUAACUAUAUGAACUAUAGGUAUGCUAUUGUAUACCGAGAAAUGUUUCGCCUUUUUCCUCCUCCACAAUAAUGACAAAUUUAUCAUAUCGGGAGAUAUUAGUACAGUUUAUCUAAAUAAAUACUUAAAUGUGAAGGGCGAAAUUUACACUGGUCAAAUGAUGGAUUCUACCAGUGAAACCCAAACAUACAGUACAACCCUAUAAUGUUUUGAUAACAAACAAAAACAUUAAACUUGUUCCUUGUGAAUUAUUAUAAAGAGGCACAAUGCACACCAGUACAUGUAUUAGAUAACCAGGCAACAAUGAAAGAUUUGUCUUAAUAUCACAUGUUUAAAAAAUCUAUAAAAAUCUAAGAAGAUAUAUUAUCCAUUUAGUACUAAAUAAACUAUUUAAAGCUUACAACAUUUUGACAUAUUAAAUAUUUCAUAAACUUAACAUUUGAGUCCUGAUCAUCGACAUAUAAAGCAAAGGGCACAAUGGGUUCUAGCAGAAAAAGCUGUUCAAUUACCGUAAUUAGCAUCGGUACAUUAAGGUAGACAGUCCCAGCUACUUUUCUUGUAUAUCUCCAACAAAGGAGAGUUCCAAUUUGUUCAGCAUUUUCUCACUUGAUGUCAUUCGCUCAUUUCCUUAUAGCAAGGAAUUCUACUCAAAAGAAAUUUGAAGAAAAAAAACCACUUUGCCACAUGGUUCAAAACUACUACAUAACUGAAUUGUUUCAAAAUGUUUAACAGCUUCAAGAGUCCAAUUAAAUUAUAAUUGUCUUUGUGAAAAUGUAGUGGAAAUAAUAAAAAUAAUUCAAGGAAGAAAUUUUUCAAGACCUGUAUACAGUAGAAAAAGUAGCGGGACCAGUAUGAAUAAUAAUGAAAUCAGUAUUUGUGAUAUUUCAUAAAUAUCAAAACUGCACCCAAUCUAUGCAUGUCUUCGGAUUCAAAAUGAUAACAUUAAAAUAACUUGCAUAAAAAUACAAUGUACAAUUAAAAAAUUAAAAAAAAAAAUGAUUAACAUUUCAUUCGAGGUAGAAUGAAACUUGCUCCCACUGGGUCCUGGUUUUCAAGGGUUUCUAGCUAUUUCGAAGAGUUGGUGUACAUAAUCAACAAAGUUGUAUUUAACCUGUAAUAUAAUACAGACAAACUUAAAUAAACAAACAUAUUCAGUGUUCCAGUGUGUUUAAAAACAAGGUUAUUGAACACAUAUCCAUAACUCAAAGAUUGUACACUCAAACCUGUCCAUAAAGACCGAUUUUUAAGAAGGAUACACUUGAAAAUUAUUGCCAGGUGGUAGUUAUGGACAUCUGGUAAAUAAAUCUUUAUUUGUUUUUAAAGAUGCAUGCUACCAAAACAUCAAUGUAUUUGUGUUAGUUAUCUCCAUUUAAAUAAUGUUUAAAUAACAUUUUACCAGGACAUGUCAAACAAAAUCAAGCCAGUGUCGCCUGUGCCCGCU